GCCUGAAAGACGGCACAGCACAGGAGAGGGAGCAAGAAGCUUCCAGAGCUAAAGCCUCCCAGAAGCUGUUUUCCAGGGAAGGUCGACUCUGGAGCUUCUCGGAGCUGCAGGAGUUUUGCAAGGAUGCAACAUCUUGCACCAAACUCUGCAGUCGUCUUCAGAGUCGUGGCUUUAUCAUCACAGACACUCCCCAAACCUUCCCAACACAGAGGUCUGAUGAGCUUGUUGCCACUCUGGCUCACACAUACUGCAGGACACAUACGCACUUUGAACACUGUCUUACUGUCACCUUUGCAACAGCUCUGAUAAGAAGGAAGUCCUCGCCGUGGCCAAAAGGGACAUCGAGUAUUUCCACCAAAAGCUUGCAGGCGGUGAUUGCAUCCCCAGCGUUGCCAUGACAACGUUCAGGCAGUACUGCGAGGCCAUCCUGAUGUUACAGCACGGACUGACAGCAGGUGCUGUUCAGGAACUUUCUGUGCAGGACUGGAUGGAGCGAAGGGCAAGCUUGAGGAUGACCAUCCAGGAAGAAGAACUGUUGGAGUGCUACUUUAAGAACAUCCGCCCAGUGUGCUUACAAAACCAAAGAGCUGGCAGUGACGACGGGGGCAGGUUCUUCCUGGGAGAAGGUGGGGUCCCUCUGACCAACCCAGGAGGAGAUGUAUGGCGCCUGAGGGCCAGAUACCUGCGCAGCGACACUGAGGAUCCUGCGGCUGGGUCAGCAUCACACUCAGCAGGAGUAGAAACCUCGGGACAGGCCAGGUCCAUUUCCACAAAGCGCCUACCAUUCAGGGAAUGGGAUGCCUUCCAGCGGACCUUCCCAGUAACCCUAAAUGGAGAGCCACCUUCAAAACGCCGGUGUGUACAGGCUGGUUUUCCACACUACCGAGCCCACUACAAAAGGUGGAGGGAGCUUCAGCUUAAGCAGAGAGUUCAGCAUAUCCUCGUAUUCCUCACGCCUCGCUCUGGGACAGGGUGUGCCAGAAGAGGCAACGCCCCUCAGCGUGCAAGAGUACAGACGGCAUUAGAUAAGGAGACCUGGAGCACCAACAAGCCCACUGUUGAUGCCGUCCUACGGGCCUGGGGUGCUCCACAGCCCAGGAUCCAGGACAGCCCGUCCCUCAUGUCCUCGAUUUCAGAGCAGAAAUGGAUUGGCCUGGCUUUGAAGGACUUCGGGGGGGAAAGGGGCAAAGGUGUCAUCGCCCUGAUGCCCUUCAACAAAGGAGACGUCGUCUGCGACUACCAUGGGACGUGCAUCACCAAAGCUGCAGGGAAUCAGAGGCGGCAGUCAGGGUCUCUCUUCUUCUACAGGGACGAGUGCCACAGGGCUGAUGCCACUGCGUCCCCCUGUGCCUGCCACCUGCACAAGGACUCCUAUAGAAGGCACAUGAACCAUUGCCAAAGGAAUCCAAACGUGAAGCCACAAAGGUUCACCAUGAACUUCCCUGCUGGUCCUCGGGAGAGUGUGCUGUUCAUCGCCCUGAGGGACAUCGCGGUUGGAGAGGAGCUCCUGUGGGACUAUGGAGUCUAGAGAUGGCACCGUGUUUUAUGUCCCAUAUCCUACAUUUGGAUUUCUGCCCACACCGACAUGACUCCAAUAGAGUGUAUUUUAUAAUCAAUAAAACUGUGUUUUUUAAUAUAUUGCUGCGUUUUGUAUAAGUUCAAACUCAAACUAAAGCUAUUCUGUUAUAUAUCUUUCUCAGAGGUGAAAUGCCGGUUGACUCGAUCCAUCACUGAUGGAGUCUCCCAUAAAUCCUUUGGCUGGACAUUUGACUUGUCUUUAUUUUUCCUUUGUUUGAUGCUUGGCUUUUGUUGUGUCUGACUUUUUCUGAUUAAAAGAAAAUUGAGCUCACAGGACACCA